AAAGAGUAAAGUUAGUCACACGUGCAAAGUGUGGCUGUGUUUACUAUUUUAACUAUUUACCGUAGCAAGAAAAUCACACGAAAAUGGUCCGAAAAUUGAAAUUCCAUGAGCAAAAACUGCUCAAGAAAGUUGAUUUCAUAUCAUGGAAAGUUGACAAUAACUUGAAUGAGGUGAAAGUAAUGAAAAAGUUUCAUAUACAGAAACGAGAAGACUACACAAAAUAUAAUAAGUUGUCCAGGGAUAUCCGUGAACUGGCAAAUAAGAUAAAAGAUUUGGACGCUAGCAGUGAGUUUCGAACGGAAGCAAGUGCACAGUUAUUAGAGAAGUUAUACCAGAUGGGUUUGAUACCGACGCGAUGGGACCUUGCGUUGGCAAGCAAUGUGUCAGCCAGUGGCUUCUGCCGACGAAGACUGCCUUCAGUUAUGGUUAGAAAUAAAAUGUCAGAAAACAUGAAAGAAGCAACAAAAUACAUAGAACAGGGCCAUGUCCGAGUGGGGCCAGAGGUUGUGAAGGAUCCUGCCUUCCUGGUCACAAGAGCUCUUGAGGACUUUGUCACAUGGGUUGAUGGCUCGGCCAUCAGGAAACAUGUUAUGGAGUAUAAUGACCUGAGGGAUGAUUUCGAGAUGCUGUAAUAAAUUUAGAUAUUAACUAGGAUAAUAUUGUUUAAAUUAAGUACCUACUUUUGUAGGUGAUGAUGAUGAAGAGAAUGAUCUAGUGAUUGUGGUAAUAAAGUGAUAAAUAAACACCAAUAAAAAUAUUAUUCAAA